GGGCACGACAGCGCGCACAGAGGCCAGCCCCGCAGCCGCUCCACCUCCCCGGCCCGCCGAGCCCAGACGGUCGCGCCUCAGGCUCCUCUCCUGCCCGAGGACGAGCGCAUGGCGCUCCGGGGGCCGCACUGAGCGCGGGGUCGCGGCGCCGCGGGCGGCACCAUGGCCCUGGAGCAGGCGCUGCAGGCGGCGCGACAGGGCGAGCUGGACGAGUUGAGGUCCCUGCACGCCGCCGGCCUGCUGGGGCCCUCGCUGCGCGACCCCCUGGACGCGCUGCCCGUGCACCACGCGGCCCGCGCUGGCAAGCUGCACUGCCUGCGCUUCCUGGUGGAGGAGGCCGCUCUGCCCGCCGCGGCCCGCGCGCGCAACGGCGCCACGCCGGCCCACGACGCCGCCGCCACCGGCCACCUCGCCUGCCUGCAGUGGCUGCUGUCGCAGGGCGGCUGCGGAGUGCAGGACAAAGACAAUUCUGGUGCCACAGUCCUGCAUCUGGCUGCCCGCUUUGGCCACCCUGAGGUGGUGGACUGGCUGCUACGUUACGGCGGUGGGGACCCCACCGUGGCCACAGACACGGGCGCUCUGCCUAUCCACUAUGCCGCCGCCAAAGGAGACUUUCCCUCCCUGAGGCUUCUCGUCAUGCACUACCCUGAGGGAGUGAAUGCCCAAACCAAGAACGGUGCCACGCCCCUGUACCUGGCGUGCCAGGAGGGCCACCUGGAGGUGACGCAGUAUCUGGUGCAGGAGUGCGGCGCGGACCCGCACGCGCGCGCCCACGACGGCAUGACCCCGCUGCACGCCGCGGCCCAGAUGGGCCACAGCCCGGUCCUCGUGUGGUUGGUGAGCUGCACGGACGUGAGCCUGUCGGAGCAGGACAAGGACGGCGCCACGGCCAUGCACUUCGCGGCGAGCCGCGGCCACGCCAAGGUGCUCAGCUGGCUCCUGCUGCACGGCGGCGAGAUCUCGGCCGACCUGUGGGGCGGGACCCCGCUGCACGACGCCGCCGAGAACGGGGAGCUGGAGUGCUGCCAGAUCCUGGUAGUGAACGGCGUGGAGCUGGACCUCCGCGACCGCGACGGGUACACGGCCGCCGACCUCUCGGACUACAACGGCCACAGCCACUGCACCCGCUACCUGCGCACGGUGGAGAACCUGAGCGUGGAGCACCGCGUGCUGUCCCGGGAUCCAUCCACCGAGCUGGAGACCAAGCAGCCCGACUCGGGCAUGUCCUCGCCCAAUACCACCAUGUCGGUCCAGCCGCCGAACUUUGACCUCAGCUCUCCCACCAGCACCCUCUCCAACUACGACUCCUGCUCGUCGGGCCACUCCAGCACCAAGGGCCGGCGCCCUCUACGUGGGCUGCCCCGGGCCAGCGCUGCAGACAUGCAGACCUACAUGGACAUGCUGAACCCGGAGCUGGGCCUGCCUCCGGGCAAGACGGCGCAGCCCACACCUCCACCACCCCCGCCCAGCUUCCCCCCGCCGCCCCCACCCCCUGGCACCCAACCACCCCCACCCCCUCCAGGCUACCCGGCCCCCAAGCCCCCUGUGGGGCUCCCUGCGGCUGACAUCUACAUGCAGACCAAGAACAAGCUGCGCCACGUGGAGACUGAGGUCCUCAAGAAAGAGCUGAGCUCCCGCGUUGGCCACAACGGGCUGCGGAGGCAGGACUCCUGCCGCAAGCCCCGCACCUUCAGCAAGCAGCCCAGCACGGGGGACUACUACCGCCAGCUGGGCCGCUGCCCCGGGGAGCUGCCGGCCGCACGCCUGGGCAUGGCGCACAGCGAGGAGGCGGCGCUGCUCUCCGGGAACCGCGUGUACAACGGCUGCGCCCCCGACACCAAGCCAUCCAGGGAGCUGCCCCCGCCGCCGCCGCCGCCGCCCCUGCCCGAGGCUCUGAGCUCCCCACCGCCUGCCCCGCCUCUGCCCUUCGAGGGCGCUGGUCCCGGCUGCGGACAGCGCCGCUCGUCCUCGUCGACGGGUAAAGUGAGAGUCCUGAGGCACAGGAAGAGCACCAAAUCUUUCAACAUGAUGUCCCCAACGGGUGACAACUCAGAGCUGCUGGCUGAGAUCAAGGCAGGCAAGAGCCUGAAGCCGACACCACAGAGCAAGGGGCUGACCACAGUGUUCUCCGGCAGUGGACAGCUGGCCUCCCAGCCUGACUUGCCACAGCCAUUGAUGUCUCCUGCGCCAUCCCGAGCCCGGAGCCCCACCCCGCCAGCCGCAGGGCCCCAGCCACUGGUCAACGGCAGCAUGGCCCCAGCCCCACCCGCCACCCCGGCACCCGGCGUGCAGCUGGAUGUGGAGGCGCUCGUCCCCACACACGACGAGCAGGGCCGGCCCAUCCCCGAGUGGAAGCGCCAGGUGAUGGUGCGCAAGCUGCAGCUGAAGAUGCAGGAGGAGGAGGAGCAGAGGCGGAAGCUGACAGCCGCCGGUGCCUGCUGCUACCCUCCCGAGGGCUGGAGGUAUUCCCACGCGCACAACGCCAUCCUCGGGCCCUUCGGUGAGCUCAUGACGGAGGCCGACAUUCUCCGCAUCGAGCAGCAAAUCGACAACCUGCAGGUGCUGCACAAAGCGCAGAAGCUGGAGGCGCGCCUGGAGCAGCUGGAGCUGGAGCUGGAGCAGCUGCUGCCCAUCUCGGCCGCCCUGUCGAGGCCGCGCUUUCACCGUCGACCCGCGCCGCAUGCACGGCCGCGCCGCCAGCCUGCCCGCCUGGUGCAGCAAGAUCUCCGCGCUGCUCAAGAGCAUGGCCGCGCUGCUGGCCGCGCUGGGCGGCCGGCCCGCGCACCUGGCCGAGCUGCUGGCCGCCGACACGGGCCUUGCCGCUGGCGCCGCUGCCCGACGCGCCUUGGCCGGCCCGGGCCGCUGUUGCCUUGGCCGCUCGCACUCGCUCAGCUUGUGCCGCGAGCCGUGGCGCGCGAGAUUCUCGAGUGCGGCGUCUCCGUGCGACGUCUCCGCGCCACCUACGAGCGGCGCGCCCAGGACCCGGCGCCCGCGCGCGGCCCGCACUGCAAGCUGUCGCUGUCCGCCGGCGCCCCGGGCCGCGAGCCCAUCCUCGAGGAGGACUACGUGGCAGGCGGCCCGGACGAACCGUGCGCCGCCGCCGCCAACGGCCCGCUGCCCGCCGCGGAGCCUUCGCGCGCCCUGGAUCCGCCGGAGGAGCCCGACCUCCAGGCCGCCCUGCCCGAGCCGGAGCUGCUGGCGCGCGGGCCGCUGCUCUCUACCGAGCUGGGCGGCGUGCAGGACUACAUCGACAUGCGCAAGGAGCGCAUCGUCUACCUCUUCCUGGAGCACUGGCGCAAGUGGACCUGCCGCGGGCCCGCGCGCCUUUCGCAAGCGCGCCUGCGUAAACUGCUUCCCCGCGUGGCGGCCGCCGCCGCUGCCAGCCCGGGCCCCGACGCCGGGGACGCCCCCUUGCCCUCCGCGGACCGCGGCCCCGAUGCGCAGCUGCUGCACGUGCUGAGGCAGCGGCAGGUGGUGGGCAAGCUGCUGGGCCACUGGCGGAGCCUGCGGCGACGGGUGCCAUCAUGCCAGCCGCGCGGCACGGGCCUGGCGCACGGCCUGUACUGGCCCGAGCACUUCCUGCCGCCCCUGGACGGCGGCGCCCCGCCGCGCUACGACAGCCUCACGCUGGACCUCUUCAUGCUCGGGUACUUCCAGCUGCUAGAGAUGGGCCUGAGCCGCGAGGAGCGCAAGUUCCGCCACCUGCUGUGCUACGAGAUGUUCGACCGGCUGGGCAGCCACCCGUGGGAGCUCAUCCGCCUCUUCCACCGCGUGGUGCUUGAGGAGGUGGAGGCCGGCCGGCGCCGCUGGAGCGACGGCUUUGAAGAUCUCAGGUGCCAGUUCUUCGGAGACGGUCCGCAGGCCCAGGAGGCCUGGGAAGAAAAGGCGGAGAAGGUAGAAGAGGAGGAAGAAGAGGAAGAGGAGGAGAGAGAGCCGGCAGAAGAGGCCCCUCCAGCUCAGACGAUGGAGGACUGGCCCCAGCAGCAGCCCGAGGCCGCCGCCCCCACGCCGCAGCCCCCACCCGCCGAGCCGCCCCCGCCUUCGGGCCCUCCUAGUUCUGAGAACCCAGAAGACCCUCUGGAGCUGGUGUCUGAGAUGGGCGAGUUCAGCAACGAGGACAUCUGCCGCUACAUCGACCGCAGCUUCUCCUUCUGGAAGGAGAAGGAGGCAGAGCUGUUUGACAUCUGAGCAGCAGAAGGUGGAAUUUGCCCUUCAUCCUCCUAACCAGGACCUGGAUGCCUGUCUGAUGCCUUCAGAAGGCCACACGCUGGCGGAGGAACCCCGGACAGGUGGCCUGGGAAAGCUCCGAGUGCCCAGGACCAGGCUGUGCCAGCUUCCGAGGUCCUAUCAGGCAGGAUGUGGAACAUUGGCCGGGAGAGGUGGCGCAUGGCAAAGGGCAAACCAGCUGCCCCCCUCUGUCCCUAGGGCUGGGCUCUGUAUGGAGCAAGGCGGAUGAAUCAGUUCCUCCGAGGGGGUAGGGGGACUGUGGGUACCCCUUGCGGCUCUCUUUCUCUCUCCGGCUCUUCACUGGGGCUCACAGCUACUUCCCUGGCCCAGGAUAUGGAACCACAGGGUGCAGGGUUCUGUAUGGCGUGUGCCCACCCUUCU